AUUCUUCAUUCAAGAGUCUUAUGGAUAUUGAUUUGGAAAUAUCGAUCGAUUUAUUUGAAACAGUCAUUUUAUAUUCUAUUUGUUUUGAGCUGUUCAACUUGUUUCAUUCUAGUGGUUCAGGAUAUUUUAUUCGCUAGAGUUUUUCAAUAUUUUCCACAGUUUUGUGAACCGCUUGCUGAGUUUGUAAAGAACUAUUCCAUAUUUCCCGCUAUCUACUAUCCACUGCAACAACACCUCCAUUGUGCUCAACCAAUAAUCCAAAUUCUUCUAACCGUGAAUCGGAUGUCAUGCGUUUUACACCCAUGGAAAUAUAGUCAGAUGUGGAAGCAAUUUAUGCCUUAUGCAAUAUGUCUUGUUCUAUUCUCCCCGUUUUUGUUCAUUUGGAAUAUUAUCAUCUCCCCAAAAACGCCGGUUUAUACAUUCGGAGGUUUUUAUAUUGGAUAUGAUAGAGUUGUUAUCUGGGCCACGAUGACUCUAUUUAUGUUGAUUCUCCGUGCUAUCACUAUCGUUAUCACUGCAAUUUGCACAUUUGUUACAGUUCUCCGUUUAACUCGAAUGAGUAAACGAUUGGUCUCAUCGGAAAGGACACUUUGUGUUGCUUCAUUUUUAAUUUCCGCUUGCUUUUUGGGAACUGCGGGGGCAGAGAGCAUAUUUGCAUUUCAAGUGGUCCGUACGUCUACAAACAUCAGCUAUUUUUUACUUCCAAUCUCUUGGGACAUUCUGAAUGUCGGAACUCCUAUUGUUAUGGUUUUGGCAUCGAGCCAGUUGAGAAAGCACGUUUUUGGGAACUUCAAAAGAUCAAGAAGCAACAGUAAAGUGGAAGAUGUGACUAUUGUAACGGGCAUUUAG